CAAACCGUUGCAGUGACAGUGCUUUCCGCUGCAAUCGUCGCCAUUCAGAAUCAGACGCGGUAUUUUUAUUUGUUUUUUUUUUCAGCCAGUGUUCGUUUUUGUGUGCAACAGAUUUUUAAAGCCACAAUGAUUAGGCCGAUUCUAAUAUUAAUAUUGACCUUCAAUGCUGUCAAUGGAGGUUACUUCAGAUAUUUGAGCAACCAAAUGCAGUCGCUAUUGUCAACAGUUUCCCCUUUCGGUUACCAAUUUAGUAGCACAAAUAUACCAAUCACAUCAAAUGCUCCAGCGCUAAGACUACCAGUUAAUGGAUUUGGCCAUGAGACGGUCGCCGCUACGUAUGGAGUUCCCAACUACAGUUUUAGCAACCCGCCUCCGCCGCCCGGCAGUGGUUCAGACCCAGCAACUCAGACGUGUGGUCUGCCCCCGACUUUCUGUCCCAAAGCAAGGUACAGGUCUUUGGAUGGCUCCUGUAAUAAUAUACAGACACCAGUUUGGGGUACACCACAGACACCUUAUGGUCGCCUUGUCCAAUAUAAUUACGCUGAUGGCGUUAGUGCGAUGCCUAUAUCUCAAACGGGUCGACAACUGCCCAAUCCUCGAGAGAUAAGCUUAAGGCUCUUUCCAGACAAGCAACUGAUAGAUCCUGUUUGGAACCUAAAUGCUCAACAGUGGGGUCAGAUCAUCACGCACGACAUGUCAUUGACCGCUGGUGUUGCACAGACACAUAAGGAUUUAUUGACAUGCUGCGACGAUAACGGGCGGUUGGCCCCUGACGCCGCGUUCAACCCAACGUGCGCUCCAAUUCUCAUCCCUCCCACUGACGCCAUACACGCCCCCCAGGGUACCCAGUGCAUGAACUUCGUAAGGACCACAACCACCAGGGAUAGAGGAUGUACCGCGCCUAAUGCUCCUGCCGAACCGCUAUCAACAGUGACUGCAUACAUGGACCUGUCACUGGUAUAUGGCAGUAGUGCACAGCAAGGCGCUGCAAUUCGUGCCUACUCCGGUGGCAGGCUGGCCACCCUCGUCCGGAGCGGGCGUGAGUGGCCGCCGCAGGACCCUAAUAUUACCCUCACAUGUGAAUCCGCGGUCUCUGUUAACGAACCUUGCUAUUUAACUGGUGACAUCCGCGUCAACCAAAACCCUCAAUUGACAAUCUUACAAAUAAUUCUGCUUCGUGAACACAAUCGUAUUGCUGAUAGUUUGGCCAAAGUCAAUCCCUACUGGGACGAUGAAACUAUAUACCAAGAGGCGCGCCGUAUACAUAUUGCUGAGAUUCAACAUAUUAAUUACUACGAAUAUUUACCUAUAUUCCUUGGUUUCAACAAUAUGGUGAAGAAUAAACUCAUCUAUCCUGGAGCUAAAGGAUACGUGAACGACUACAAUCCGAGAGUCAACCCAACGGUACUGGACGAACAUGCAACUGCUGCCUUCAGACAUUUCCAUACAUUAAUUAGAGGAUAUUUACAAAUGAUAACAGAAAAUCGAAAACUAUCUGGUACCGUGCGUAUGAGUGAUUGGUUCAACAGACCUUUGUUGUUAGAAAUCAAUAAUGUAUUCGAUGAUUUAGCUAGAGGUCUAACAACUCAGCCGCAAGACUUCAGUGAUCAGUUCUGGGACACAGAAAUGACGCAGUUUCUAUUCAAGCGUAAUAAUACAUUUGGUGGAGAUCUGAGAGCCACGGACAUACAACGCGGGCGAGAUCAUGGUCUGGGUAGCUACAAAGCCACGCGGGCCGCUUGCAAUCUGCCCGUGCCCCACACCUUCCAUGAUAUGCUCGAUUUCAUUUCUGAACAGAACGUACAAAUCCUGCAAACCCUAUACGAUACACCUGAGGACGUAGAGCUGGUUGUGGCUGGUUCUCUAGAGCGGAACGUGCCUGGCGCGCAGGCGGGGCCGACCUUCCUCUGCAUACUCACAGAACAGUUCUACCGUACGCGUGCCGGUGAUAGAUAUUUCUAUGAAAACGGUGCUGAUCCUGAGAUUGCGUUCACACCAAGUCAGCUUGAAUCGAUUCGACACGGAGCAUCGAUGGCUCGGCUACUUUGUGACAAUGCGGACCACAUACAGCUCAUGCAGCCUAGAGCUUUCGAGCUAAUAUCGCACAACAAUAAAUUAGUGCCAUGUGAGGAACUGCCGACUGUGAACUUGUCUUUAUGGGCCGAUUCAAGAAAUUACUAUAAGAAGAAAUAAGUAGGAUAAUCUUAGAAUAUAAUAGUUA